CUAAUAACCCAUUCGUGUGACGUUCACGGAAGUGCCCGAGCUGUUCUCGCGAUACUUUGGCUCGGUCGUGGGAUUUGGAAGGGUAGUGGCUGAGGGGUGACACAACAGGAAUCCCUUAAUAUGAGUGAUGAUAAACCUUUCCAGUGCACUGCUCCUGGCUGUGGACAGAGAUUUACAAAUGAAGACCACUUGGCUGUCCACAAACACAAACAUGAGAUGACCCUCAAGUUUGGUCCAGCGAGGAACGACAAUGUCAUCAUUGCUGAUCAAACCCCUACACCUACCCGCUUUCUGAAGAACUGCGAGGAGGUCGGGCUCUUCAAUGAACUCGCAAGUCCGUUUGACCACGACUUCAAAAAAGCGGCUGAAGAUGACAUUAAAAAGUUACCACUGGAUUUGUCACCUCUUGCGACGCCCAUCAUACGCAACAAAACUGAGCCACCCACACCUAUGGAGGAGGCGCAUCGAGACAGCCCUCUGCCUCACCCUGAAUCCACAACAAGUGAGGACAAGGACUUAUCUUUGCGGCCAACCUCACUGCCAACAUCCACUAUAGUCCAUCCUGCCUCCCUCCAAGUCCCCAAUGUACUUCUAGCAACCUCAGAGGCUAGUGUUGUAAUACAGCAAGCUCUCCCAUCGCCAACAUCUAGCUCUGUUAUUACCCAAGUCCCAUCCACUAAUAGACCCAUAGUCCCAGUGUCGGGCACCUUCCCUGUGCUCUUACAGCUGCCUAACGGCCAGACCAUGCCAGUUGCUAUACCUGCGACUAUUACAACCUCAAGUGUACAUAUUCCAACUACAAUCCCUCUUGUCAGACCUGUCACCAUAGUGCCUAACGUCCCCGGGAUCCCAGGACCUCCCUCGCCACAGGCACAACCACAGCCACAGCCUCAGCCCGCCCAAUCAGAAGCAAAGCUGAAGCUGAACGCCACAUUGAGCCAGCAUCUUCCUCAGGUAACCAAUGGAGAUGGUGGUGAAGUCCAGAGCAGCGCUGUGACCCACACUGCUGCUCCUCCAGCUCCGACUCCAGCUCCAGCCCCAACCACAGCCGUGGUCCUAACUCCCGUUCCCCACCAGCCCACUCUCGAGGAACCCUCCCCUCCUUCUCUUCAGCAGCCGGCCACCUCCACCACAGAGACACCUGCUUCCCCGGUUCCCCCUGCGCAAAACCCUCCGAUCACAGGGGGGCGGCGGCGCAGAGCCACAAGCGAAAACCCUGACGAGAAGCGGCGCAAGUUCCUGGAGCGUAACAGGGCUGCAGCUUCUCGCUGUAGGCAGAAGAGGAAGGUGUGGGUCCAGUCUCUGGAGAGGAAAGCAGAUGACAUGAACUCCGUGAACGGACAACUACAGAAUGAAGUCACCCUGCUGAGAAACGAAGUGGCUCAGCUGAAGCAGCUUCUCCUGGCUCAUAAAGAUUGCCCUGUAACCGCCAUGCAGAAGAAAUCUGGCUAUCACAUUUCUGACAAAGACGAGAGCUGCGAGGAGAUGUCCGUCCCCGGCAGCCCCCAGAAUGAGGCCAUCCAGCACAGCUCCGUCAGCACCUCCAACGGGGUCAGCUCCUCCUCCACGACCCCGGCCGUCUCCGCCCCGUCCAGCGCCGGCACCAUCACGUCGAACCAGAGCACAGAGGAGACCACCCAGUCUCAGCCAUCAGGGAGCUGAUUGUCCAAAAACUGCGUCCGAGCGUCGUCACCGGAGCGCCGCCGCCUCUUCUGUCUCCGGCCGACGGAGCAAAACGAUUCUCUCUCCGCUUCACUUCUGUUUUCUAAUUUAUUCUCGAUCGGUUUGUUUCAUGUUUGGUCCGUUUUGUCCUCCAUAGGCGAUGCUUCUUGAAAAUGCAAUGUUUUCUCUGGUUGAUGAAGACGAAAGUUCAGGCACUUUAGGUGUAAGAUGUAAAACACAUGGAUCAGAAAUGUUUUUGUAUUUGUGCGAGUUAUUCAUUAAUUAUUAAUCCUAUAUUUAUUUUUUAUUUGAUUGUCCUGAAGCAGUCGAUCAGUUGAUGGUUAGAGUCUUUACCAAAGUGUGUGGUGGCUCAUUUAUAAUAAGUUUGCUUGUUUGUUUUCAUGUCUUUUAUAAGCACUAUCUUUAUGAUAUCGUAGACAACAGUCACUUUUUUUAUAAUUAGCUUUUUCCAUUUUGCACAUUUAGAGAGAAUUAAGGGUUUACGUUGUUUUAGGUACAGGCAGCUUUUUAAAGGUAGAUUUAAACGCUGCCUCGUUACACAGAUGUAAAUGGACGAAUCCGAUCUUGUUGUUUUCGUGAGAUCAUCUGUUGUGGCGUUGUACAGUUUGAAUGUUGGAGCUCACCUCUGUUUGUAAAAGAGUCUCCGGGUGAGCUGCUAAUGUUUGUUCUUUCAUUGACAUUCCACCUGUAGUCUGAUUGUUCCUGAAGCAGUGAUUGUAGGAUUGCAGUACUUUUCCAUUGCUCAAUCAUGGUGAUGUUGAGUUCAUUCAGUGCCAUUAAUGUUUUUGUAACGACUUCUGUACCUUUUUUAAUGCAGUUCCACUCGGGUGCCGUCCUCUCAGAUCAAAGGUCUCAUAUAGAUAAUCGCAGAGUAGAGGAGAUGUCCUGCUUUUAUAUAAUGUCUUUGCUGUUUUCAUGAUCGCAACAACGUUUUUAGAAAACAUUGUAAAUAACAUCACUGACACAUUGUACAUGAUCUUUCAAGGUGUUGUGUACUUUUGUCUUUUUUAAAUAGGGUAGAUUCAGUAGUUCUGUUUUAGCACAAUAACUCUGUUAGCGGUUAAAAGGUACUGAACUUUAGGAUAGACCUCCUGACUUAUUAAAUUAUUAUUAUAAAUGAAAGCGUUCAGAUGUGAACUGGAGUCACAUCAUUUAUAUUAGAGUAAAACUACUACUGCUUUGUAAGAAUCGUGAACGUUUCAUCAUUGAAAUAAUCGUACGAAGCAAAUUACACCGUGAAGUCAAUUUGCCUUUUCUCUUAGUCUGUACGGACUUACUACUGUGUAGUUUCACAACAAGCUAACACCUUGUUUUCAUAAAGUCUGUUUUUUCAUUUAAAUCUACUGUCGUGUGAUAUCUGCAUGAGAUAACAAUUCUCUACGAGAAUUUAACUGUUUGUUCGAUAAUGUCUCCGUCAGAUAAAAUAUCUUUAAACAAGUUGUUUCAACUUGAGCUGCAGCUCAAAGUUUAUGAAAGCUUUAGGUUUUUGUUUUUUAUUUAUUGACCUUGGCUUAACUUCUAAAACGGGGUGUGAUACUGUGUUGAAAGUGUUCUUGUAACUUGUGAAAGUUCUGUAAAAAAUUUGAAUUGAUAAGUUGUUGUAAUAAACCUUUUAAUAUCUCUUUAAAA